UAUUUAUAACCUUCAUUCAACUGUUUCGUACAAUUUUUUUGUUUUUCAUUAUUCAAGUCAAAAUAUAUUGUUAUAAUUUAAUAUUUUAUUUAAAUUUUAUUUUCUGUUUUAAUAAUAAUUAUUUUCCGGCUGUUAUGCAAAAUGUCGAUGUUUUCUAGAACCUAAAAUUCAAAACAAUCCUCAAAGAAUAUUUUAUAGUGCUGAGUUUAAUUUUAAAAUAAAUGCUCUGAAUAUAAUCGAUAUAUAAUGGCUACAAGGUGGAGUAGUGACUACAAUAUCAUUGAGAUUAGAGAUUUUGAUGCUAAUAAAAUGGCAGUAGAUUACACCGGUUCCAUAGUAUUGUUAGCUGGCCUUAAACAAUAUGGUAUUGUUGAUAUUCAUAAAUCUCCAAAUAUUCUAUAUCCUAGAAUAUGUAAGUAUGAAAUUAAUGGGAUUGAAUGGAAUCCAACUUAUCAUAAUCAACACAUAUGUGCAUUAGCUUACAAUACCCAAUUGCUACUACUUAAUUUGAAAAACAAUGUUAAUUUUGAUUCUUCAACAAAAUUAAGGUGUCAUACACGAGCUAUAUUAGAUAUAAAUUGGCACUCUACUGAUCCAAAUAUUUUGGCUUCAACGUCUUUGGAUUCAUUUGUUCAUAUUUGGGAUAUUAGAGCAACUGCUAGACCAGCUUUAUCACUUUCAACUAUUCUUCCAGCAUCAAGAGUGCGGUGGAAUCAUUUAACUAAAAAUUUAAUAGCUACUGCUCAUUGCGGAGAUGUGAAAAUAUGGGACCAAAGAAAAAUAUCUCAUCCUCUUCAUUAUAUAACAGCUCAUCAGAAUAAUAUACGUUGUUUAGAUUGGAGUUAUACUAAUGAAAAUCAAUUUGUUACUUGCAGUCAAGAUUGUACUGUGAAGUUUUUUGAAAUAAACAAUCUUAAAAAGACUGAAAAUAUUUUAAAUACUGUUACACCUGUUUGGAGAGCUAAGUAUACGCCAUUUGGUGAUGGUAUAUUAAUAGUUUUGGUCCCUCUAGAAAAAAGGGUGGAUAAUAACUUAUUAUUAUGGAAUUUAAGUGCAACCAACACUCCUAUACAUACAUUUGUUGGUCAUUCAGAUACGAUAUUAGAGUUUCAAUGGCUGAAAAAUAAUGAGGAUAAAACUUCUGAACAUGAAUUGAUAACAUGGUCAAAAGAUCAAACUAUGAGAUUAUGGCAUGUUGUUCCAUUUCUUCAAGAAAUGCCUAUGGAAUUUAAUGAAAGACCAUGUACUGAUGAUUUAGAUAACUAUUAUAUUACUCAACACUCUGAAAUAAGUAAUGUGGCUAACGAUGCACCCAAUGAUACCGAUAUGAGUUUUGAAAAUGAGACCCAAGAUUGUAAUUUAAGUAUAUCUUCAUGUAAUGAUUCUUAUAAUAGUGAAGAUAGUGAAGAACAACCUACUUUAAAUUUACAUCAAGAAUUUCUUUCAUUAAAUGUUGGUUCAGAAGUUUUCAUAGAACAAAAAGAUCCAGAUCGACGUAUAUUAAUAGCGUUAGUAAAAAUAAACAAUAAUUCAUUAUCUGUUCAUAUGACAUUUCCAUUGGGUUAUCCUGAAAAUGUUGAACCACAAUUUCAAAUAACCAAGUGUACUUAUGAUGCUGGUAUGAAAAAUAAAAUUCAUAAGGUAUUAUAUGAUGCAGCUGUAAAACAAGUCUCUAAGAAUUUAACUUGUGUACAGUAUUGUCUUCGUGAACUUGUUGUAUCUCUGAGAAAAACUCGUAUAUCUUUUUCAGAAUCUCAAUUCACUGAAGAUGACAAAAAAACAUAUUCAAUAUAUUCUCAGUCACCAUCCCAUUAUGAACGUACCAGUACUUACAUGUCUUGCCAAGAUUCUUUUAAUAUGUUACAACAUAAGACUAUGGGAUUAAAGUUCUGUAAUAAUGGUGCAUUGUUAUGGUUUAAUACUCCACCGAGAAGAAAAACAGAUUUUUUUCCAUCAAUAUCAUUACAAAAAAUUGAUAACGCCAAUAAUACUCCACUACAAAAACUUCAACCUAAUUGGUUCAGCAAUAAACAUUCUCCAACCGAUGGUAGUAAUCAGAGCUUUAAAAGUAAUCGAGUAGACAACCAUUCAGACAAACCUAUAAUUUCAAUUUAUGAUGUAUCAUGUUUAUUCCCAAUUAAUAAAGAUUUAGCAUCAAAAUAUGAACUGGACAUAACAAAUGUUUUCAGUACUUGUUUAAAAAAUGCUUGGAUUACAAAUGGAAUUAAAAGAAAGGAUUUAGUUCAAACUUGGACACUAGCAGCAUAUGCCUGUAAUAUAAACUGCAAUGUAAAAAAAAAAGUUACGUCUUCCAUUGACAAAAUUAAUGAGUGGAAAAACCAUCCGUUUACAAUGCAUAUGAUUGAUUCCUUAAUUUCACAUUAUGCAGGCCAUUCUGAUUUUCAAACUGCUGCUUUACUAUGUUGUGUAUUUGAUCCGAAUCCUGUUUUUAAAAAUAUUGAACAAGACAGAACCCCUACACCUGUCCACACCCGUUCAAAUAGUCUCUUCGAAGGUUUUAGCUUUUCUAGGGGACAAGAGGACUCAAAUGAAUGUUUUGAAGUUUGUGAUCAAGGUUUAUUGUUGGAUAAUUCCAGUUCUAAAAAAGAUGUUUACUAUGAUGAAUAUAAAAAAACAUACAUGGAUGUAUUAGAUAAUUUAGGUUUAUUAGAUCAGCAAGCCAGUGUUAAAAAGUUUUUAAAACAUCAAACUCAAAAAAGUAGUGCAUUUUAUUUCAGAUUUAUUGUUGAUUGCACAAAAUGUAAUGGCUCUGUAAAAGAUGGAUACUGCCUUCAGUGUCUACGGUUUAGUCUCAAAUGUUCAUUAUGUAAUUCUACUGUAAGAGGUGCAUCUCAUGUUUGUUUAAAAUGUGGGCAUGGUGGUCAUGCUAAUCAUUUAAUCGAAUGGUUUAGUAAAGAAACUUUAUGUGCUGUAAAUUGUGGAUGUUGUUGCCUUUUUGAAACUAUGUCAAUACUUCAUAUCAAACGAUAUGAUUCUAAAGAAGAUUGAAAAUAAUGUUUUAUAUUUAAAAAUUAAAUUUAUCUGUUUAAACCUUUUUAUGACAGUGACCAUUUAAGUUCCUUUUUAAUCUUAUAAAGAAGAUAGAACCAAAAAUGCCUCUUAAUUUUUUUUGUUUUA